GCCGGCGCAGCCCCGGCUCCUGCUGGACUAUGCGCUGCGCGCGGGCCACGCGGGCCUCGCGAGGUCCUGCUUGGCGCAUUUGGGCGAGGACACCAGGGACAUGGACCUGGCACUCCGCACCUGCCUGGACCACGGCCGCACGGAGAUCGUCCGCGAGGCCUUGGAGGUGAUGUGGAAGGCUCGCAGCGGCGGGCAAUCUGAAG